AUGGGAGACCUAUAAAUCAAAAACAGAAUAUGUAUGGCUGCACUAACAAGAGAACGUGCAGACCCAAAAACAUUAAUUCCAACUGAUUUAAUGGCUGAAUAUUACUCUUAAAGGACAUAAUUUGGAAUGAUAUUAACUGACUGUGCUACAGUUUCUAAAAUUGGGCAUUGCUUUGAAAGAGGUCCUGGUAUUUUUACAUAAGAAUAAGCUGAUGGUUGGAAAAAAAUAGUCGAUAAAGUACAUUAAGGAGACUCUUUAAUUUUUAUGUAAAUAUGGCACGGAGGAAGGGCAAGUGAUCCUUUAAUUAAUAAAAGUGGGAUAACAUAUGGACCUUCUCCUAUUGGAAUUAAGCUUAUAAACAGAAGAGCAAAUAAUGAAUAUUAUAAAGUUCCUCAUGAAAUGACAAAAUAAUAAAUAAAAGAAGUAAUUGAAGAAUUUAAAUAAGGAGCUAUAUAUUGUAAAUAAGCUGGAUUCGAUGGUAUAUAAUUACACGGAGCUAAUGGAUAUUUAGUUGAUUAAUUUUUAAGAGAUUCUUCUAAUUAAAGAAACGAUGAAUAUGGAGGUAGUGUUGAAAACAAAUGUAGAUUUUGUUUAGAAAUUAUAGAUGCACUUAUUGAAGUAUAUGGAAAUAGUAAAAGAAUAGGAAUUAAAAUAUCCCCAGUAAGUAGAUUUAAUGAUAUGUAUGAUAAUGAUCCUAUAAAAACAUUCAGUUAUUUAAUUUAAGAAUUAGAUAAAAGGAAUAUUGGAUUUAUUGAAUUACGAGAAGUUGAAAAGGUAAUGGUCAAAUCUAAUUAUCCUAAUGAUGGAAAAGAAUAAAUACCAGAUUGUGCUAAACAAUUUAGACAUUUGUUUAAAGGAAUUAUUAUUGAUAAUGAAGGCUUUGAAUAUUAGAGUGGAUUAGAUAAGUUAAAAGAAGGAAAUUGUGAUAUGAUUAGCUUUGGAAGAUUAGCUAUAAGUAACCCUGAUUUACCUUUUAGGUUUUAAAAAGGAUUAUAAGUUAAUAAUAAUUACGAUUAAAAAACUUAUUAUAGCGAAGGAGAAAUCGGAUAUAUUGAUUAUCCAUUUUUUGAAUGA